AUGCUCGACUCGCAAAUGUACCCUCAUCUUCUCGACCUCAUCGCUGAAAAUGCACCCUACGCUGUGCUGGUACGGCUGCGUGCAUGCUCUCGCGCACUUCGCGUCCUUGCGGACAAGCUCCUGAAUGGCCCGCGGCUCAUCCUCAGCUCGUCGAUGUCGUGCAAAUCGGUAGUGUCCUGUCCUGGCGGAAAGGUCCCGGCAUUCUCCUUGGGUUUGUCUAGUGCAUCGUCCCCCGAUGUCGAUCUCUCGCUACUGCGUGUAGUCGACAUUGUCGGGCCAGCCUUCCGGCACAACCUUGGCAUGCUCUCGUACGCCCAGUGUCCGAACGGCUACACGCUCCGCUUCAUCUCCAGUACAGGGGAUUGUGAUGCGCUCGCACCCUUGCCUUCACAUUCGUUUGGAAUCCCGGAUCACGUACACACGAUUGUGUGCUGGGUUUCUCUACCCAGCCUCAUACUUCACUUGGACGAAGCAUCCUCAAUCUUCCAGCACUGUACGCCGGAGCGACUGGUCGUAAAUGUGCUCUUCAACGUUGACGAUGUAAUUGAAGCGAUUUACCAACCCUACGCCCUACCUAGCAUGGCGGCGGAGAUUGUCUAUGUCUUCCACUCAAGCGAGGCGACGAAUCGCUAUGAACAGACCAACUGUGAUUAUGAUUCCGAACACCGCCCGGGCGGCUUCUUCGCACCGCCUAAUUCACGGCGUGAUCCGGGCAAGUGGCCGUCGUACGGGUUGUACCAGCUUCUCAAUGAGCUAGCAACGGCCCUCAUGUUGACACUCCAGAACGGUGGUCCCGUCAUCGUGGUCAACGUCGAGGCGCUCGCCAGUCCGUGGCUCGAAGGCGGGGGCGAUGAUAACCCCCAGAGCAACUUUUAUAUGCGCUGCGCAAUGGCCGCGCAGGAUGUGGACGUCGAUGAUACGGGAGUGGUGGACGCCGACGCGGUGACGGACGCUCUGGACGCGAUCGAGUUCUAUUCUCUGGACGAGUACCGCGCCGAGAUUGGACCAGAGCGGGCUGCCAUCGAGACGACACUGAGCGGUGGGUUGUAA